AUGAAAAUCGCUGUCGUAGGGUCGGGCGUUUCUGGCUUAGCCGCGACAUGGGCGUUAAACGAACAUAGUCCUCAUGAAGUUCACCUGUAUGAAGCUGACGAUCGUGCGGGAGGACAUGCGAAUACCGUCAGAUACGUACCUCCAGGCAAAUCAGACGAUGACGCAGUUGAUAUCGUCUUCAAUCCAACCACAUACCCCAAUUUCUUGCGAUUUCUACAACGCACUCCCAAAAUUCGCAUUCUUCAAACUGAGAUGACGUUCAGCGUCUGCAGGGACUGGGGCCUCUUUGAAUGGGCUGGCAAAAAUUUGGCGACCUUGUUCUGCCAGCCGUCACGUCUUCUGGAUCCCGACAUGUGGCGACUAGUCUACGAUGUGCUUAGGUUCAACGCCUGUGCACGACGCCUCGUCUCUAGCAAGGCCCCUUCCGACGAUCCAAAUUUGUCGAUAGGAGAUUACCUCGAUCGCGAAGGAUACUCUCCAUCUUUCAGGGACAAUUAUUUGAUUGUAUCAGAUUUUUUACUGAUAGUUUUGGAGCCUAUGACAGCUGCGAUUUGGAGUACGCCACCUGAGAAGUGCCUCAUGAACUUCCCCGCUCGGACUUUAGUACAGUUUAUGAGUAAUCACCACCUGCUACAGGUUACAGGUAAACCGUCAUGGCUUACUAUCGAAGGUGGCAGUCGCAACUACGUUAAUACGAUAUUGUCAAAACUUCCCAAGGAAAGGUUACACUUGUCCUCUCCUGUCACAUCGAUAUGCAGAACAUCCCAAGGCGAAGGCCAUAACACCGUCCUUCUGAAGACGGGCAACGAGGAGGCUGUCACAGUGUACGACCGGGUUAUUAUGGCUUGUCAUUCGGACGCAUGCAUGUCAAUUCUGAAAGGCGGACGCGAUCUUCGUGAUGACGAGGAAGAGAUCCUCAAGUGUUUCACAUGGAACAAGAAUGUCGUAGUGCUGCACAGUGACAUUAAUUUGAUGCCAAAAGCCAGGACUGCGUGGUCUUGCUGGAACUACCUCACAACAUACUACAUGAACGAAUUGCAGCAUCUGCCAGAGGAUCUUCACUGCCCAGUGCUAGUUACCCUCAACCCACCAGCAGAUCCAGACGUCACUAAGACCGCCGCACGAUUCGCCUACAACCACCCCAUCCUCGACACCAAGGCGAUCAUCGCACAAAAGGUAAUGCCGAAUAUCCAGGGGCGCGGCGGUGUUAUGUUCGCGGGAGCGUGGCUUGGGUAUGGAUUUCAUGAAGACGGGUUUACGUCUGGUUUGCGUGCCGUCACAGAGCAUAUCGAUGGCGUUCAGCUUCCAUUCGAGAUAGCUUGUGCUGAUCGCGAACCGUGUGCUGUCUUCGUUGCCCCGUUCUUCAAGUUAUUGGAAGUUACUGGUAUACGCGCUGUAGUCGGCACAGCUUUGAAAUUGGUGCUCCUCCUUAUCAGAUCUAUCGUGCAGUCAUAUCAAAAUGUCUUUCAUAUACAGUGGUAA